AUGGUCUGCGGUAGGAACGGCAACAAUGGCAACGAAACCGGCAACACCACCAACUUUAAUAGUGGGUCACAAUCUCUCCACAUUCACGCUGAGACGGCCCAGGUAUGUACGGCUUCACCGGGCAACCCCUUCAGUGGCCUCGACGUCGAGACGUCCAAGAUCAGCGGACCUAGCACCAAACGCCCAACUUACAGCGAUCACUGUUCCGCCAUGUCCAUCACCGGUACAGAGCUUCGUGCAUACAACAAGAGCGGAGAAGACCCAACAGGCGAGAUCGAGAUGCUUUUCUACUACUUCAAGCGCAUGCGCGAAGGCAAGGCAAAACCCAACGAGGGAACUCAAAACCGAAACGAACUUCCAGAUGCCAACUAUCUUGGCGGUAAGUUCCUUACUGGCACACCGCAGGACGACAGGCCGUUCUCGAGUCCUCAGAAAUUCUUCCUAGGGGCAGCACGAGGUAACAAGAUGGAAGUUCUCGAUGUGAAAGGUCUCUCCGAGCGCCUAAGAUGGGAAGACAACGAGUAUUGGUUGCACCUCGAGGCUGAGACUCCGUUCGAGAAGUAUCCCGCAAAACAACAUGCGCGGAGGGUGCAAGAGAAGUUGGGUGUUGAGGAAGGCUUGAUAUACCUCUCAGGUCAGCCGGCGAGAAACAACGAGGAUAGCGACAUGCCAGCGCCAUUUCGACAACGCCGAUACUUCUACUAUUUAAGCGGAUGCAAUGAGCCUGACUGCCAUCUGACGUACGACACGCGACGAGACGAACUCUCUUUAUUCAUUCCACGCAUCAAGCCCGAACGCGUCAUCUGGAAUGGCCGCGGCUCUACUCUGGCAGAGGCGCUUGUGAAGUACGAUGUUGAUCAAGUUUUUUAUGCAGAUGAGCUUCAGUACGCUGUCCAAGGUUGGGCAAUCAGUAAUCGGCAGGCUGGAAUCUACAUCCUGCACCAGGCAUCGUCAUUCCCAGGUUGCGAGAACUUUAAGCCUCGCAUCGAUUCGACAAACCUUCGGCCAGCGAUGAACAUAUGUCGCAUGGUCAAGGAUGAUCACGAGAUCAAACUCAUCCGGAAGGCGAAUGACAUAAGCUCGCAAGCACACCGAGAAGUACUUGCUAACAUCGCAAAGUUCAAGAACGAAGCGCAGGUUGAGGGUCUUUUCAUAGAUGUGUGCAUAUCGCAUCAAGCGAAGCAACAGGCUUAUGAUCCCAUCGCUGCGUCUGGGCCGAAUGCUGGAACUCUUCAUUAUGACGCGAACAACGAAGAUCUCGCAGGUCGUCAACUCAUGUGUUUAGACGCAGGAUGCGAGUACGAACUCUAUGCAAGUGACAUUACAAGAAGUUUCCCGCUGUCUGCUUCUUGGCCGAGCAAAGAGGCAGAGAACAUUUACAAGCUAGUCGAACGUAUGCAGGAGACGUGUAUCAAGCGGCUAGAACCUGGCGUGAGGUAUCUGGAUCUCCACAUCAUGGCACAUCAGAUCGCUAUCGAUGGACUGCUGCAGCUAGGAAUCCUCCACAACGGAACGAAGGAAGAAAUUUACAGGUCUGGCACAAGUAGAGCGUUCUUUCCGCAUGGUCUUGGACAUCACAUAGGUCUCGAGGUGCAUGAUGUGGGUCAGGCACAGCUGAUGAGUGUCAGAAGAGGAAAGCCAGUGUACCAGCAGGCGCCGUCCCUCUACCCACAGAACUUCCAUGUCCCGGUGUAUGACUCCAAGACCUGUCACGCGCCAUCCGACCCCCAGAGCAGCCAUCUCGAAGAAGGCAUGAUUGUCACGGUGGAGCCUGGCAUCUACUUUUCGGCAUAUGCGCUACAGCACUUCUAUCUCCCAUCUCCCAUCCACUCUAAGUUUAUCAAUAGUGAGGUAUUGGAGCGAUACAUGCCUGUGGGCGGUGUUCGCAUUGAAGACGACAUUCUUAUCACCUCUUGUGGUUACGAAAACUUAACGACGGCCCCCAAAGGCGACGCGAUGCUUGAAAUUAUCCGGAAUGGGAGAGUUAGUAUCAUGGACCUAUCGGGUCCAGGUCUUGCCCCCCUACGAAGACUGAGUAGCGAUGUAGAGCCGGCCUUACGCCGCGCUCCCGGCAUUUCCAAGAAGAUACCACCGCAACACCUGCAAAGGCCGCUUGCCAGAGCGACGACUCUACCCGCGGACUUCAAGCAGCAGCACGGUAUCGAUCUCGAGCCUCUCGCAGGCCCUUCGUUGUUUUCGAACUUCUCACGGUCAAUGACUACGGAAGAGAAGAUUCAACAGUGGCAGCACAAACAAAACUCAGUAGAUACUGUGCCAUACCCUCCAAUAAACGUGGAGAAGCUGCAAUCGGUGUGCGGCGAGACAAGUCCGAACGUCCAACAUGUCUACAUGAGCAACGCCUCUACCCCAGCCUCCCUACCACGACCAAGUUCUGAAUUCGAAAGCACACCUAAGUGCAAGAAUUGUGCGAUACUCGUCCAAACGCUAGAUCGACUGCGUCAGAACCUUACGUCCUCAACCCAGAGCUCUUCGAAGUCUGAGACGAAGUCGAUGGUAAGAACCGACUUGAGAAGAAGGAACACCGCACCAUUGUGUGAUGAAGCUCCAUUAGCCGUGCCACACAUUGAUGGGUUGUCCGUUGGCGCAUCGGCUUGCACUGUUAACCUCGACAAGCGGCAAAGAAUUGCACUCCCUCCACCUCAUCCUAUUCCAGUUGGACCUGCCGAAAUAAGAGCAACCCAAUGGCAUAGACGCUAUCACACAGCUCCUCCCUCACGUACGGUUCGACCUCAGGCCCUGAGCGGCCAGGUUUUUCAACCACAUCCUCCGCGCGAACAGUUGGCGACCAACGCAAACCUUGCUUCGCCGCGCCAGCAAUUACCCGCAACCACAACUCUUUCGUCACGGCCCAGACGUCGUAGCACUAAAGAUGAACCUGAGCCUUCUCCGUGCACAGAAGGUAUAGAAGCGGAAGCUACACGAGAGAAGUUAGAGUCUUUGCAGUUGAGGCUCGAUUCGCUAGAGGAGCGCGCUCGUGUCAAGAAAAGACAGCAAAACCAGGCCGUGCUGCCGGAACGGUUCCUCGCUUCCCGACCGUCAAUGCCAGUUUUGAUGUCCCAGAAUCCAUGGCAGCAACACAGCAUAGAACCUCGACGUAUGGAGAGGAGAGGUCCUGUCAAGAGGAGGUCAACCGACAUCGCAGGUCUUGACAUUGACCGAUCUCAGCUUAGAUGCCAAGAGGAGGGCGAUGCAUUGAUUAGAGAUACGUUCUUUUUACGUUAA